ACAAGGUGCCCUGCCACCAUUAGUCGAAAGAUCGCGAUUCAGUUCAGUCCAUACACUUCUGAGGUGUUACUUAUCGACGUUUCGCGGGAAAAAAAAUAUCAGAUAAAGAUGUGCUGGAAAUACAUAUCAGCGCUGUUAAUCGUUUCCGGUGUGAUUUCCUGUUUUGGGCAAGAGACAGCCCCGAUUGUGAACAUCCAGGGAUUGGGCAGUGUUCGGGGCUCUGUUGGAAACACGGCGUGGACAAGCAGGCCAACCUAUGAAUUUCAAGGGAUUCCGUACGGCCAAGCACCAGUUGGGACGCUUAGGUUCAAACCGACGCUAAAGGCUUCGGCAUGGAGUGGCAUUCGGGAUGCUACUCAACCUGGCACUCGGUGUCCACAGAUUGACGAUGACUACCUCAACGUGGAAAACGAGGACUGCCUGACCUUGUCGGUGUAUUCGAACAGUUUGGACGCGGGUCGGCCGGUGAUGGUGUACAUUCACGGCGGUUGGUUCUUUAAAGGGGGUGCCGACGAAUACAAGCCAGAUUACCUUUUGGAAUCGGAUAUUGUCUUGGUGGUGAUCCAGUAUCGUCUGGGACCACUAGGGUUCCUGAGUACCAUGACAGAAGAUAUUCCCGGAAACGUUGGAAUGCUAGAUGUGAUAACUGCCCUGGAGUGGGUUCAGCAGUAUAUUGGGUACUUUGGUGGGAACAGCUCUCAAGUGACGAUCUUCGGUGAAUCUGCUGGUGCGGCCGCUGUAUCUGCCAUGCUACACAGCCCUUUGGUACAAACCAGAUCUACCCCUUUAUUCCAAAAGGCUAUUAUGCAAUCAGGAUCAGUGUUCGCACCUUGGGCUAUGAGUGACAGUCCACUUGAAGGAGCCAACGACAUCGCUGCAAGACUUGGCUGUACCGGAGUUGCCGUAGAACAGUGUCUUCAGGGUGUUCCCAUUAGAAACCUUCUGGAAGCAUUUUCCGCUCAUCGAACGCAAACCAUCGCAAACAGUGGAUAUCCGUACGUGGCGGGAACUGGAAUUGUAGUUGGAGGUCCAUCGGCACUCUUUCCCAUCCAUCCGAAAAACUACCUUGAAAAUGCCAACAAGAAUAUUGCUGUCAUGGGAGGAACUACUUCGCAGGACGGCUUGUUCUUACUGAACGAACUACAUGAAAUCCAUCCUAAUUUACUGCGGACCCUGAACACAACACAUGCCCUGCUGGAUUACGUCCACUUACUGCACGAGAAAUUCGGUCAUUCAAAAUUCGACGGGUCACUGGAGGGAUACGCUUUAGGAAUGAAUUUCUACGAUAUAGCAGCACUUCGCUGGGAAGAUAUGGUGUCCAGUUUGACUGAUAUAUGCGGUAACCACGGUAUCAAAGCUCCAGUACUGAGCGAGGUCCAGGCAUUUUCCAACGUCAACCCCGGAAACGUUUACCUAUAUAGCUUCGACUACUCGAGUGCAUUGACGCAGCUGAAUCUGACGGUGCCGUUUCCACAUGAAAGGCCGGUUCAUAACGCCGAGGAGCUCAAGUAUCUGUUUCCAAAAGAGGUUCUGGACGAAGAUGAUGUAAGGAUGGCAAAAAUCAUGGUUCAAUUAUGGACAUCCUUUGCCAUCCGGGGAGCUCCCGCAGCGAAGGGUGUGGUCUAUUGGCCACCGCUUGAUGGAUUGUUUGGACCGUUUUUGAAGAUCAACACUGAGAGUGAACAAACGAACUACUACCUGAAUGAGUUAACCGCUACUGUGUACAAAUAUCGAGUGUUUGGAGGAGCAGGAAGUCGAAUGGCAGUUUCCGUUGGAUCGAUUGUAACACUUUUGAUCGUGGUUUUGGGGGUCAAAUCACUAAGUCUCGCAAUAUUUCAGUUCUUCGGCGUGGUGAACUGGCCUCUCGUGUGGGUACGGCACCGUCAGAUUCCUCUGGGUCAGCGCACUCGAGUAGUCGAAGCUGUACAGAUAAACGUUACCCGGGUUGGCGUUGGAAAACGACUGGACAUCAGCCAGAACCGGUCCUUUGAUACCGUGGGUGCCACAGAUCUGAAGGUUUGCCAUGACGGCGAUGUUCUUUUGAGAGUUUCCAAGGUAGGUCUUCGGGUGUUGAGGAAGGAAAGACGACGGACCUCCAACUACAAUACCAGUUCCUGCCACAUAAGGAUAUCCACUGUUUGCGAUGGUUUGAGAUCGAUGAGCGGAAAAUGCUUCCAGAAGGUUUUGUAUGGAAACCCCACGAAGGCACUGUUCUACGGCAGCUCCGGUACAACCAAGUCGUGCCGCGAUAUCUGCCAAGUUUUCAUUGCAUCCAGCAUACUUGGCAAUGUCGAUAGCAUUGGUUACUGGAUUCGGAUCCACCGCCCAUGUAGACAACGAUCCCCCGGAUUGAAGAAUGACCUGGUUGAACAGCCUCUGCGAAACCAGUGGACUAUACAACAAAGCCGAAAUGGCGCCUGCCCCGGCAGACUGUCCGAACACCGUCACCUUGUCGGGAUUUCCACCAAAGUCCGCAAUAUGGUCCUGAACCCACUCCAGCGCCAUGAUCAUGUCCAGCAUACCAGCGUUUCCAGGGAUCACAUCACUCAAAGUCGACAGAAAACCCAGCGGUCCCAACCGAUACUGAAUCACCACCAGAACCACAUCCCGUUCCAGCAGAUAGUCCGGAGGGUGUUGAACCGCUGCUCCCAACGACAGGCAGUCUUCGUCGUCCUGGUUCAUCCCCUCGACCGGCUGGGGACACUCCUUACCUGGUUCGCUAACGUCGCGUACCUCGUUCCAUGCCGCUAUCUUCACCGGGGCCUUGAACCUCCGCGUCCCAAUCGGAGCCUCCGCAUAUGGGAUGUUGUAAAAUUGGAUGAUCGUUUGGCCCUGCAGGUUGAUGACCGUAUCGGGAGGAUCCUGCCGUUGGAUGAGCGCAGCGCCGUCUACAUCCUGACACAGGACCAGAAUCAGGAUGGUUUUGCCAAGAGAGACAAAGUAACCGGUUCAAAUUGCGUGGAGAGAAGAGAUAAUGCGCCCCAAAGCCGGUCGCGUAGCGCUUACAUUAGGUUGAGUGAGAUCGUCGACCGAAUUUGGGGAGCUCGGUUGUGUUUUGUUUUCGUUUGCUUCAAAGCAUUAGAAUUUCAUAGUUUUUGUGUAUAUUUUUGUUGUACCGUUCUAAGAGUUCAACCAGAAGCUUUGGCGAUGAGUUUGCAACUUGGUGAAUCUGUGCCGGUUGCUGAUGAGGCACCCGAAGUAUCGCUACCGAAUUUGGGAUCUCUUCGUGGUUCGGUUGGGACGAGUGCAUUCAGCGGUCGCAAGAUUUUGCAGUUUUUGAGCGUUAAGUAUGGAGAGACGACAGCUGGAGAGUACAGAUUUAAGCCACCGAGGAAAGCACUACCUUGGGAAGGAGUGCGUGAUGUGUCAAGAUAUGGACUACCAUGUCCCCAGCUGAAGCUGAUAUCUCUGUUUAACGCAAAAGAAUUUGCUCCGGAUAUAGAGGAUUGCCUGUCCUUAUCGGUUUACACAAAUGAUCUCUCCGGUAAGAAACCGGUUAUGAUCUUCAUCCACGGCGGUGGUUUCUACGAAGGUUCCGGAUCGAAUCAAACCCCGGAAUUCCUCCUGGAAAAGGACAUCGUCCUAGUUGUCGUCCAGUACCGUCUGGGUCCGCUCGGUUUCCUAUCCACCCAAACCGAAGCCAUCCCCGGCAACGCCGGCCUGAUGGAUAUCCACCUGGCGCUGGAAUGGGUUCAGGAGAACAUCGGCCAUUUUGGAGGUGACACAGGGAAUGUAACCCUUUUCGGACAAUCGGCUGGGGCGGCUGCUGUAUCGGCGUUGAUGUACAGCCCCAAGGUUCCGGAGGGUUUGUUCCACAAGGUGAUUCUUCAGUCGGGAGGUUCCAGCGCACCUUGGGUGUGGGACAAGGAUCCCUUGGAGCAUGCAAGAGAGAUUGCUGCCCUGAUGGGAUGCGAUCCCAAUGCGGACAGUUCUCGAAAGAUUGAGAUGCCCACAAAGGAAGUUGAGCUGUGUAUGCAAAACGCAGACGUCUGGAGCUUGCUGAGAGCUUUCAUUGAGCACAAGACUCGAACGACUGCAGUCAAAGGGUUAGGAGAUGUUGGAGGCAACCGUCUCACGGUGGGAGACUUCCACGGAUAUCUGCUGGAGAAACCUUGGGACUCGAUCAAGGCUGGGAAGAUACGUCCAAAUCUACCGAUGAUGGCCGGCGUGGUUAAACACGAAGGAACGUUCUUGCUAACUACGAUCUACGACGGUAUGAGGAACCGUAACCAGUUGGAUGAUCAAAAUUUCAUCAAAUACGGGUUGUUGGAGAGAGUGAACAAAGUUUUGGGAACGGAAGAUCCAAGUGGAUCACUGGUAGCUUACCAAAUUCGGUCGUUAUUCACCCCGGAACAACUGGAAAGUGGAAAGUUCGAAAAUCUGACCCAUGGGUUGACCGAUCUGGCGGGAUCCAUUCUAGUCAAAGCGGCCCUUCUACGGGAAGCACAAGCGAACAAUGCCGUCAACCCGACAGGGACCUUCCUGUACUCCUUCGACUACCGAGGAGAAAAAACUCGUUUCGGGUACGGAGCGGAUACUUCGCACUACCCCUUCGACGGAGGAGUACAUCACUCGGAUGACCUGCUGUAUCUGUUCCCGUUUUCUCCCGGAGAGCCGAAACUGAACGAACGGGAUGCCCGAAUGGCCCGGCAGAUGGUGGACUUGUGGACCAGUUUUGCCACGACGGGAGUUCCGAAGAGUGAUUUAACCGGGGAUGUCCAAUGGAAGUCGAUGAGUGAUUAUGCUGGUCCAUAUCUCCACAUCGACGAACUUCCCCGCCUCGGCAGCAACUUUUACGAGGAAUUUACCGUAGCCAGUGACGAAAGUCGUCGUCACACCGCUCCUUAACCUCAUGAUCGCAUGAAUGAAAGAUUCCAAUCCGGCACUUCUUUUCCCAGGAACUCAAAGCAUGGUCUUCAAUUCUGCAAUCCUAAUUAGCGUGUAAACAAAAUAACACGUUUCACGAUUUUGUUUUUUUUUUUUAUCCUUGUAUGUUUUGAAUGGCUGAGCACCACAGAGUUAUGAAUGGGUGCCUCUAUGGGAGGGGUGUAAAUCUGCUCGUUCUACAAUAAAGGACCUCUGUGUGGGAUUACAAA